AAUAGCAAAGCAAGUAUUGAUUCGAGAAAGUCUGAACAGGUAGCUGUCUUGGCUAAUCGCUACGCACAAUAUGUAAUAUUUACUAUGACGUCUACAAGCUUUGUCAAAUUUUGUAAAAAUCGUACAAAAAUCGGUGAUUAGAUAAAUAAAUAUUUAGUGAGAAGAGCAUAAUUCAUCUGGCAUUGCUGUGAAGCAAAAAAUGAGUCGAGACGAUUACGACAAGGAUAAAAUUAUAUUAUUCAUACAAUAUCGUCCUAAUGAAAGAACAAGAACUUAUUUAAAAUUUAAUGAGCCUAAGGAAUUGAUCAUUUACAUUUUUAAAAAAUGUGCAGAAGACUUGGAUAUUGAGUCUUCGGGUGACAAAGUUAGCAUCGGCUAUGAAAAUCUUUGUACUUACAUUGAUAAGGUGUUUGACAUAAAUAUUUUCCUAAAGCAACCUGGAUUAAAUGUGUACAAACCCUAUAACCGAGACUGGAUCAAGACCCAAUUCCUGCAAUAUGCGAGUUCGUAAAUAACUCAUCUAAUCUAAUAGAUUUAAGUUUAAUUUUAAUAUUUGAAAUAAUAUAAUUGUGUUAAGUUAUCAAUAUGUUAUAGAAUAAUUAUUUUUGUGUAGGUAUCAUUGUUACCUAAUUUUGUUUUAUUUUUUUGUACACUUGUGCCUGCUAGAUUAAGAAAAUUUGGAGUUUAAAAAAUGCACCUAAUGAAAGUAAAGAUUAGUAAAAUGUUGAUAAUACAUAUUCCGAUAAUUUUGUUAUAUAUAAUACCAAAGUUUGUUUGUCAUAUUUUAAGUUUUGAUGUAAAUUAAA